AAAGAAAACAAAAUAUGAGUCGUUGACAAGGGAGGCGGGAGCGGACAGGCGUCGGCGCCUCAGCCCUUCCUCGCCUACCCCUCUGGCCUCUGCUCACCGACGCGCUCCUCCCUCCCCAAUUUCCUACUCAAGCCCCCUUUGCCCGCGCCCGCAUCUGCUUGCCUCCUCCGACAACCCGCCCGGAUCUCGCUUGCGGCAAGCCAGACCCCAUCAAACCCUAGCCUAACCCCCCUCCCCCCACCUCGCCUGCCCCGAUCUGCCGCCGACGCCCGCCCGCCGGCCAUGGACUCCGGCGGGGGCGGAGGCGGCGGGGUCACGGCCAUCCGCGUGCCGUACCGCCACCUCCGAGACGCCGAGAUGGAGCUCGUCAGCCUCAACAGCAACGGCAGCAGCAACAGCAGCCCCCGCGCCCGCGCCUCGCCGCGCAAGGACCAACACCGACCCCGGGAAGGGGAGCAGCAGGAUCACGGCAACGCGGCGGAAGGCAGGAAGGGCAGCGCACCAAAGUACAAGGUGGUGCUCGCCUGCAUGGUCGCCGCGGGGGUGCAGUUCGGCUGGGCGCUGCAGCUCUCCCUCCUCACCCCCUACAUCCAGACUCUAGGAAUAGACCAUGCCGUGGCAUCAUUUAUUUGGCUUUGUGGACCUAUUACUGGUUUUGUGGUUCAACCUUGUGUUGGUGUUUGGAGUGACAAAUGCCGUUCCAAGUACGGAAGGAGGCGGCCGUUUAUUUUGGCUGGAUGCAUGAUGAUAUGUGCAGCUGUAACUUUAAUCGGGUUUUCUGCAGACCUUGGUUACAUGUUAGGAGAUACCACUGAGCACUGCAGCACGUAUAAAGGUCUAAGAUAUCGAGCUGCUAUUAUUUUCAUUCUUGGAUUCUGGAUGUUGGACCUUGCAAACAAUACAGUACAAGGACCUGCUCGUGCCCUUUUAGCUGAUCUUUCAGGUCCUGAUCAAUGUAAUUCCUCGAAUGCAAUAUUCUGCUCAUGGAUGGCUGUUGGAAAUAUUCUUGGUUUUUCAGCUGGCGCGAGCGGGAACUGGCACAAGUGGUUUCCUUUUCUAAUGACAAGAGGCUGCUGUGAAGCUUGUGGUAAUUUGAAAGCAGCUUUUUUAGUUGCAGUUGUAUUCCUUGUGUUUUGUAUGUCUGUUACCCUGUACUUCGCUGAAGAGAUCCCACUGGAACCAAAGGACGCACAGCGGUUAUCUGACUCUGCUCCUCUACUGAAUGGUUCUAGAGAUGAUGAUUGUACAUCGAGUGAACAGAGCAAUGGAAGAAUUCCUAACGGUCAUGUGGAUGGAAACAAUGUCUCAGCUAACUCCAGUUCUGAGGAUUGUACAGAUGCAGGAUCCAACUCAAACAAAGACAGUGUUGAGGAUUUCAAUGACGGACCAGGAGCAGUUUUGGUUAACAUUUUGACUAGCAUGAGGCAUCUACCUUCUGGAAUGCCUUCCGUGCUUCUGGUUAUGGCCCUAACAUGGUUGUCAUGGUUUCCCUUUUUCCUUUUUGACACCGACUGGAUGGGGCGUGAAGUUUACCACGGGGACCCAAAUGGAGACUUGAGUGAAAGAAAAGCUUAUGACAAUGGUGUCCGAGAAGGUGCAUUUGGUUUGCUAUUGAAUUCAGUUGUCCUUGGGAUUGGCUCUUUCCUUGUUGAUCCACUAUGCCGGAUGAUUGGCGCAAGAUUGGUUUGGGCAAUCAGCAACUUCAUAGUGUUUGUCUGCAUGAUGGCAACAACAAUACUAAGUUGGAUCUCUUUUGAUCUGUACUCAAGUAAACUUCAUCAUAUUGUCGGGGCAGAUAAAACAGUCAGGAAUUCAGCACUGAUUCUUUUCUCUCUUCUUGGAUUGCCACUCUCUAUCACUUACAGUGUUCCGUUUUCCGUGACUGCUGAGCUAACUGCCGGAACAGGAGGCGGACAAGGUUUGGCUACAGGUGUUCUAAAUCUCGCUAUCGUCGCUCCCCAGAUAGUAGUCUCGCUUGGAGCAGGUCCAUGGGAUGCCCUCUUUGGGGGAGGUAACAUCCCUGCUUUCGCAUUGGCUUCGGUCUUCUCGCUGGCAGCCGGAGUGCUCGCAGUUCUCAAGCUGCCAAAGCUGUCAAACAACUAUACAUCCGCUGGCUUCCAUGGAUUCGGCUGAACCUCAGGUCACCGAACUGGACAACUGUCUGUAAAACAUCCAGAUACCUACUCCUCCCAACACUACUGAAUUCCAUCCAUUUUGACAUUCGUUUAUAUGGAAAUGAUUCUUUCUUCCUUCUUGCCAGCUACAGAAUUCCAAAGAUAGAGAUUAGGAUAGAGAGCUAGUUAGGUCUAUGUGCAUACAAGGCAAUGCAAAGUUGUAAAAGAAUGUUGUGUUUUACCUGUUUUUUUGACAUUACAUGGUAGGUGAAAUUUUACAAUGGCCAGGCACCCUCCUUUUAUAUGGUACGGAGUAGGUGACAUUAUAUGUUGCUGUGUAUUUCCAGAGAGAGGUCGACAUAAGAUCUCGUA